ACCCUGUAAAUAACGUCCUAACACUGCGACGCAAUCAAUUUCCAGGGCGGUUUUUUUUUUGUAUCGAUGAUCUUGCUUAAUAUAUCCUUAACUGCCAUAUCAUAACCGAUGGAAAGCGUAAACUGGGCUAAACUACCUUGGCUUUGCCUUAGAAUAGUCUCUUUAGCCCCUGCUGGUCAUUGUUGUUGCCUUCACUCCCGACGAAUUAUACAUACUGCCUGUAUCCUGUGUUCUAGAUCUUGUUCGUAUAAUCUGUGGAUCGAAUUUAAUGUUCGCACUGAAUCGAUUCGUCACUGAAACAUUCAUCACAAUGUUACGGGUACAGUACAAGAAUUUAGAGCAUUUUUUUAAAAUUCGGAUGGUAUUGCUUUCCUUUCGCAGCAGUUUUGAUGAUGUGUAACGUAGUUAGACCAAUUUCGAUUUUUUUCCUGCGUAAAAUUUAUACAGGGAAUUCUAUGAUUGCAGUAGAUGUAUCAGUUGGCAUUUCAAUGUGUGAAGUUGGAUUAAAAGUGUCAUAUGUUUGCCUUGUGGCUGAAAGUUAACAUUACCAAACCGAUCCGAUUUAUUAGAAAAUAUGCAAAAAAUAAUCCCAUAAUACUGACACAAUGAAAAUGAGAUUGUGAUAUAUUGCUGCCUAUGUGUCAGUGAUGGUAUUGAAGUUCCUACAGAACUAUCAAGAGUUAUUGGCGUUAUUGGCAAUCGUCUGGAAAUGCCACAAGUACAUGCAGCAUUGUACUCUAAAAGCAAAUGAAGCCGAAAUUCCCGGAUAAACAUGAGGAAUAGCGUGUUUGAGACAAUUACUAGUGACAUGUCGGCGAGAUAGCCAUGGAGUAAUAUGUGUAACAUUUGUGGCCAAGGUUGCUAUGAAUAGUGAAUGGUCUCAUACUUUGAAUCCAGAGGAACUUCUCUUGAGAAAUGUGCAAUGUAAUGCGUUCACAGCGAUCCGCUUUUUGCAGUCACAAAUACGCUGCGACUGUCAUUUUAUCUGCUGUGAGAUUAUGCUGUCGCUAUGUCGAAGGGGAAACUCGUACGAAUUGUAAUGUCUCAUGAAAUAGCACUAAGGAGCUGGUCGGAAAUUCCUUGUGACCCCCAGGUACUCUAGUAGCCUGCUUUUGUCAUCUUCUUGCCAGAUAAAAUGUCCAGUUAUGCUGUAUUAGGAAUCUUUAUCUUCUGUGGUGUUCAAGCAAAGACUGGAAAUCCUCCAUCUCAAUAUUUGAAAAGAAGAUAAAACCAAGAUAAAGUUAGUGUUAUCUCUAGUCCGAGUGCAAUACUGGGUAAAUGUUUGUCUGUGCCCGAUUAGAUCCAGAUUUCCAGUUUUGUUGUGGUCUUCAUUGUCCUCAUUUGCUGUCCAUUCGUACAACGCACGAGCAUACUCUACUUAUGGGAGUUGUGUAGAGGGCGCGAGGGUCGACAUGCACGCUUUCACCCCCGGGAUCACUGCUGGGGUCCCUGCCCUAUUCUUGUUUGUUGCUGCUGUCCAAGCAGGCUGUCCACAAAGAUGUUUCUGUCCGUCCAUUGUGACCGUCGAGUGUUCCGGGAAAAAUUUGACAGCUAUUCCGGAAAAUAUGGAUGGCAAAAUAAAGCAUCUUGACCUAAGUAUGAAUAAUUUGACAACAAUACCAGACAAGGCUUUUUUACGAUAUAAUCAACUUGUGGCCUUACGACUGGCGGGUAAUGGAAUCAGCAGUAUCUCUGAGACGGCCUUUCAGUCCUUGUAUCAACUGGAAUCCCUGUACCUGAUGGGAAAUAACCUAACAUCCCUCCGUGGCGCCGUGUUCCGGAAUCUCUACAGACUGACCGAGCUGUUUUUGGAUGCCAACAAGAUCGCCUCUAUAUCCAGCGACUCUUUCCUGGGCCUUUAUGGACUGCUGUUCCUAAGACUAGAUGCUAACAAUCUGACAGAGAUCCCAAGGGAAGCUCUCGCCAAGCUACAAAGACUGCAAGCGCUCGAUAUUUCUGUCAAUAAAAUCCAACAGAUUGAGGACUUUGCGUUUGCCAACAAUACAUACCUGAGUUCAUUAGCCAUCCAUGACAACAGGAUUUCUGUGAUACGGGACCAUGCUUUUGAAGGACUAAACGUACUGACAAGUCUAGAACUACAAAGGAACCGUCUCUCCCAUGUACCCCCGGGAAUAAUGACCCUCCCAGACCUAAUGGACCUGAAUCUGGAAAACAACCGAAUUCAAUUCAUUCCCAGCAACGUUUUUGCGUUGAAUAAAAAACUUCGGGAUAUCAAGCUACGAGGCAAUCCAAUUUUAUCGUUUGGAAUCAACGCUUUCCAGGGCCUUCCUUAUUUACGAGAAUUAACAAUAUCGGAAGCCCGCGACCUGGAACAUUUUCCUAACGUAUCUGGAUGUCGCAGUCUGGAACUGCUCAGACUAGAUAGGGCGAGCAUAGCAGAAGUGCCCGGGGAUUUGUGUAUGACACUCCCAAAUCUGAACACAUUAGACCUGCAUUCCAAUAAGAUAACAAAGAUUCCAGACUUGGAACACUGUAACAAUCUGAAACAAUUAAACCUGGGCAACAACAUGAUAACUUCACUGGAAGGCUGUCCGUUUGUUAACGCUACUCGCCUACAGGAUCUGACCUUGUCCCAUAACUACAUUCCCUACAUUGGAAGUGGGGCAUUCAAAGGUCUGCGGAAAUUAGAGUACUUAGAUUUGCAGUUCAAUGAGAUAGAAGGAAUAGAUGAUGACGCUUUCAAAUCUCUAGAAUCACUCAUUGACUUAAAUCUGGCCGAGAACAACUUUCAGAGGCUUCCAACAACGGGGUUAAAGAGACUCAAGUUCUUGAAGACGUUCCACAACACAAACCUUCAGGAUCGGAUUGAUCCUGAAAACCUUCCCAAUAUCCAAAAUCUGGUGUUAUCCUAUGCUUACCACUGCUGUAGUUUUAUCAACUCGCGAAAGGCUGAUGGAGGGUCUAAGGUUUCAGUAGAUGAGGAGGUGAUUUGGUUGAACAAUCCAAACAAGACGGAUCUCAGCCUCUGGAAUCAUCAGACGUUAUUCGGUCUUGAAAACCAAACAUUUGAAUUUCUUGAUUUUGGAGACUACGACUUGAAACUGCCGUCUUUCGAAUCGGACAUCAAUAUCCCCAAUGUCCCUGUUCACGAGACGAUUCACGCAGAUUCUCUGGCACGGGUCCAACCACCCAUCAAAUGUGAACCUGUACCAGGACCAUUUCUACCCUGUGAUGACCUAUUCGGCUGGUGGUCCCUGCGUUGCGGGGUCUGGAUAGUGUUCCUGUUGGCUGUCGUUGGUAACGGGAUAGUUCUGUUCGUGUCCAUCACGGCCCGGUCCAAACUAUCCAUGGACGUCCCCAGGUUUUUGAUUUGCAACCUGGCAUGCGCGGACUUCAUGAUGGGUGCUUAUCUUGGGAUUUUAGCCAUUCUUGACGCGUCGACCUUAGAUGAAUUCCAGUUCUACGCUAUAAAAUGGCAGCGGAGUGGGGGGUGUCUCACGGCGGGGUUCUUGGGCAUCGUCUCCAGUAUGCUGAGCGUGUACACCUUAACUGUCAUCACAGUGGAGAGGUUCUAUGCCAUAUCUAAUGCAAUGCAGCUCAACAAACGAAUAAGACUGAAACAAGCAGGAAUAAUAAUGACAUUUGGAUGGGUGUUCUCCAUUACCAACGCAAGUCUGCCUUAUUUUGGAAUAAGCGACUACAGGAAGUUUGCAAUCUGCCUUCCAUUUGAGACAUCAGACAGGGCAUCAUUAGCGUACGUGUGUUUUCUGAUGCUGUUCAAUGCUGUGUCGUUCGUCGUCAUCGUUAUAUGCUACAUCAAAAUGUACUGCUCAAUACUGGGAUCCAACGCUUGGAAUUCAAAGGAUUUUCGCAUUGCUAAGCGGAUGGCCAUUCUUGUCUUUACUGACUUUCUCUGCUGGGCGCCUAUCAUUUUCUUUUCUAUCACCGCAGCCUUUGGGAAAAAUCUGAUUGGACUGAACGAAGCCAAAGUUCUGACUAUUUUUGUGUUGCCUUUGAACAGCUGUGCAAAUCCGUUUUUGUACGCAAUUUUCACGAAACAAUUCAAAAGGGAUUGUGUAAAAUUAUGUAGGAGGAUUGAAGAAUCCUCUUUAACUCGAAGUUUUUCAAAUUUGAACAGUCGAAGGGUCUCGUUAGGGGGUUCUUCUUGGAGAAAUUCUCAAAUGCAUGGACCUUCGUUCCAUACAGAAAAACGGAGCAGCAUAACAAACUCGGUGUCUGGUGGAAGUAUGGGCGGAGGUCCAAACCAAGAACUACAAGAGACCAGCAGUAGUCUGUUGGACAACAACGAAAAAAAGAAGCGCAGUAUUCCAGAAAGCAAACGUCAGUUUGAGCUCAGUAGGUCACCGGAACUGAAAACCGGAAAUGGUGUAAUCCCCGCAUAUCGAACUUCCGUGCGAGAAUCGGGCCAGAAAACGGUUCCGAUUGACUCUAAACCGGAAACAGCUAUCGUCAUUCACUUGAAUGACGAAAGUGAAAUCUUGCAAGUUCAUACCAAAGAAAGUGGGAAAUGCAAGAAAGGUCCUGGUGGUAAAUUUCAUCCUAAACGGUUGCAUUCAUGUGCGACUCAGAUAACGACAAUUGAAGAUAAGAAUUUGUCCUCGGACGAGGAAGAGAUGUUACUACGGCAGGUGUCUGAUGUGCCAAAACGUGCUUUUAACGAAAACUUUAAGAAACGCAAAGUGAAGAACGAUACUUUGGGCUUAAAAUCAUUGACAAUUAAACAACAUGGGCAAUCGGCGCCUAAUGUCCAAAUGCCCGAAAGUAAAGGUGUUCUUAUUUUACCCCCUGCAAAAGGAACUGACAAAACUUCGCAUAUAAACGAGUGGCGAAAAUCGUCACAUUUAAAUCAAAUGUGGAGUAAUUCUUUGGACAUGGACCAAAAAUUCCCAUCGUAUAAAUCAAAUAGUUUAGUAGACUUGACUUUUGCAAGAAAGGGAUUCGAAGGAUCACCAUGUAAAAGGCGGAGCUUAUCGUCUCACUAUGAAGGGUAUCUGUGGUUGAAGAACAGCAAUAGGGAUUCGGCCUACGAGGACGAGGAGGAGAUGAUAGAAUAUAAUACUUGCAAGACUUUCACAAUGAAUCACUCGAAGCCAGUGACUCCUAAACACGCGUCAGCAUCACAGUUCUCGGAUGACAGACACGAACUUCAAACUUGUGAGAAAAGGCAAACAGUUGCUGACAUCUGUCAGUCAAAUGCCAGUGAGCGAAGCCAUUUGCUCUCUGUAUCCAAUACGUGUUCACCGAGGCGAGAUGUGUGUGAUAGAGAGAGCGGGUUCAGCUCGGAAGCAUAAUAUUUAUAAGACUUACUUGAGAGAAUGGGAGAUUGGAAGUAUAAGGUUGUUUGCGAGUUUGCACGUUCAGAGAAAUGAUACAGAAUGUAAAUUGUUGUGGUUGACUGUACAGUAUACAACUGUAUAUGUAAUCGUAUAUUCUAAUGCCUUUUAAAAUAAAAGAUUAAACGUGAGGAUUACAUUACCAGCAGACUGUUUAUAUAUCAGACUGUGGUGUUAGCCUUAAUCCUUGUUUUGCCA